UUUCACUGCCUCACUUGGGAUGUGCAAACACCGAGGUGCGGAACUAGCCGCGCAAUCUGAAUGAGAACAGCGAAAACCGAUCUCUGCGGGCGAGCAGUCAAGACUCCGGGGGAAUUGGCACCUGGGGCAUUCGGAGUGAGUGAACAUUCGUGAAUGCUCUCGCCGAAGCCACCUGUUCCGUUUCAAGUUGGGGUGCGAGAAGUUGGCGGCAAUGAAUUCGACGCUAGUGAAUCAAACUGCCAGUCUGGUGUACUCUAACCGCACCGAUUCGCUGGAUUCGAUCCUUAGGUGCUGUAGCGGUAACUACUCCUCGGUGGUGACCGACGAGGGCUUCGUAUUGACCGCUCCCGACGAGAGAAACCUUUACAUCAUGAGAAUCGUCCAGAUCGCAGUGAUGUGUGUCCUCUCCCUCACUGUCGUUUUCGGGAUAUUUUUUCUCGGCUGUAAUUUGCUGAUCAAAUCAGAAGGCAUGAUUAACUUUCUGGUCAAGGACAGGAGACCUUCCAAAGAGGUAGAAGCUAUUAUUGUCGGUCCAUAUUAACAGCGGCCACCAACACAAAAAUAAUGACAGCGUUUCAGAUUCCAGAUAACAUCUUUGCCAUGAACCCCGGAAGAUAUGCCCGGCAUCAGCCCAGAGGAAUCAAGGGACCUUUGUGCAGAUCAGUAUUUCAGGCACAAAAAGAAGAAACUAAGCGCUUGGGAGGGACCGUGACAGUGUCUGAUUAACAGCAGACUUUGCUCAGAAACGUAACGGCGAUAUGUUGGAUCUUCUGGAACUGAACCAGGCACUGACUAUACCCUGACUGAAGCCAUUUGCCAAUUCCUUUCCAUGGCCAAAGUAGAAAGAUAAAGAAUGUAUAGGUGUCAUUGCACAAGUCAAAAAGUGUGGUUCAAAACUUGCUAAGAGAACGACUUUCCUGACUACUGAGUUGUAAAUAUAAUCGCCUACUCUAUUGCGCUUUGAUAUUUUUGUAAAAUAGUUAUCCUUCUAUCGGAAAUCUCCAGUACAUCUUGGCGUCCGUCGCUUACAGUUUUACUACAAAACAUUUUAAUCCUUCUUUUUGGCAAAACCGUUUAAAUGUCAAAUGCGUUUUUAAUGUUAAUUGUAUAAAUUGCAAUUCAAUAGAGAUUCUCUAUUUCAGAAUGGCGGGUUGUCAUUACGAUCCACUGAGCCUUUAACGUAUAGCCGCGCAAACGUUAUCAGAAGUCCACAGAGUUUUGUAUUGCAAAAUAUGAUUAAAAUAUAUGCAUUUA